AUGAAAACAAAAGAGAAGCGGUUUUUGGGAAUCUUCAAAAAGAAGACGACGCCUGCGCCGGCAGCUCCUCCUCUUCAGCAGGAAUCCGUCGAAUCAAACAGAACCACUGCCGUUGAGAGUGCAACUACGGAAGAUACAACGUCAUUGGCCUUCUCUUCUACACCUCCAGAAGACGUCAUGCCACCGAGAAAAGGAAGUAUUGCUCAAACCAGUGUAAUUCAUUAUUCUCCACCGGGUACUGUACGUGCUUCGUUACCACCGUCAGCCACGUCAUCCGUGGUGUCUGGAGGAUCAGAUGAGAGUGGAACAGUGGUGAUAACCAGGAAAAGCAACAUUGUUUUGGAUGAUGAAGAAUCGGUAAUUUCUACCCCAGUCAGUCAGUAUGACGAAUCCCCAAUUGUUCAAAAACCUCGAUCAAAGCGAGCGGCUCCUCCACCUCCUCCUCCAACGGCUUCUAUUCCUCCGAUGACGUCAUCAGUAGCUCCAUCUCCAUCUCCUGCUACAAAACGAGAACACUUCCGACAAACAUCCACAAAUUCCAUCUAUUCGACUGCAACGUCUUCUCCUCCACCACCUCCGCCUCAUCGGAAACAACAAGAAAAUGAAGUGGAUUACGAGGAGAUGUUGAAGAAAUUACAGAAUAAGUUUGAGGAAUGGAAUCAAGUGAGAUUAGAAGAUGGAGGAUCGUUUAAAGAGGAAAAAAUUAAGGCAGAGAUGUUGAAGGAUCAUGAAAAGUUGAAGAAGUUACUUGAGAAACAGAUUACAUCAGAUCGACCAAAACCUGUUUCGAACAACUAUAAUAUCAAGAACAGUAACAAUAACACUAGCAACGGUGUCAAAAAGCAAGCUCCUUUGAAGAUUCCUCAAUACGGAAACUUCUACGCUCCACCAGUGACUAGUCCUUCACCACCUGCACGUGUUGGUGUGGUUCCUGGUGGUACUGUGUACCAAAAAGUGCCUAAACCAUCUCAAAAUGGAACAUCUCCCAAAACGGAUGAAAAUCGAAAUGAAGUAGUUGUUGCUGCAAAGCAGAAGAUUUCAGUUGGUGCCGUCCAGAAUACAGAAGCUGUUGAUCGGUUACGUCGGGAAGUUGAAGAACAACGCCAGCGAGAAAAAGAAGUCAAACAGUACCGCAAUCCAAAGACGUUGGAAGUUCAAGUAAAGAGUCCAGAGCCAAAAAGAAAGGAGUUCCUUCCACCACCACCUCCACAAUCUCCAACUAAAUCAAAACCUCGGAUGGUUGAAUACAAGCCAAUGAAAUCUCCAGGACUUCCAAUCGAUCCUGAAGAUAUUUACGAAGAAAUUGAAGAAAAAGCUCCGCCCAUCCCAAAUACACCUCCCCCAAAACUUUCUGAAUAUCGGAAGGAACAACAUACUUGUUCUUCUCCUCGAAUGCCAACUGUUCCUUCAAAUGGAUAUGUGAGACUUCAAAUGAAUGGAGCAUCCAAGAAAGUAGCGGCUCCAAGUGCUCCUGUAGUUUCUCCAACGAUCCAGAAGAUUGCUCAGACACCGUAUACUGCACCUGAAUUCGCAUCAUCUCCAAAACUUCUAAGGAAGAAUCCAGAUCCACCUCAAUCGAAUUCUCUAGCCAAAAUGUAUACAUCCGUUCCUGUAAAAGAAGAGAAGAAAUACGAGAGACCACAAUUCCAUCCUCAAAUGACAAAUGGAAAUAGUUCCCCUGGAGGAAUGAUUACUGCCACGUCUUCUACUUCUUCUUCCUCUUCUAUUCCUACUCGUAAAAAUCCACCAAUGACAAGAGGAGCUUCGGUAGAUCAAAAUGGAUUUGGAUACUCAACAAGGAUUACGAUUCCGCAAGCCGAACAGAAAGUGGUAUCAUCUCCAGUCAAUUAUCGAAAAAUGACCAAAGAAGUGGAUGCUAAUCGAACGAAUCGAACGGUUUCAGAAGAUCAGUCUAACUAUGGUUAUGCCUCGAAAACUACAAUUAACAUUGCCACGGUACCAUUAACCCAAAAGAAAUCUCCAUCUCCAUCUAAAUUGUCUCCAAUGACUCGUGCAAUGUCUACCGAUCAGACCACAAUCAAAUCAGGAGCUCUUUCUCCAUCGAGUUAUCGCAAAAUCUCGGCUCCAGUGACCACUUCCUCUCCUCAACCACCGACAUUAAGAUCUUUAUCCACUGAAAAUGCCGUACCAUCUCCAUCGGCUAACAGAAGAAGUAUGCCUACCGCUGGAAUACUCUCCGCCACUUCACCAAAACCCACAACCAUAUCUGCCACAUCGCCACAUUAUCCAAAAACUAUCCCUACAGUAAUCCCUGACAAAGUUCCUAUCGCGCCAAAGCUUCCAAAACAAACCUCUGCUCAAGGAGAGACUUUCGAUAUAUCUGAUGUGCUGAAAGGACCUAAACUUCGAAAAGUGGGAAUGCCAGUAGAAAGAUCAGGAAUCUCUCUUGGAAAGGUCGUGGACACUGAGCCAUCAUCAAAUCAUCCAACAUCAACUCCUCCACCUCCUCCGCCUCCGCCCCAACCUGUUCUUGCCUCGCCGGCUCUUCAACCGAUUGCAUCUAAAAAUCCAGAUUUGAGGGAUUCAUUGAUGAGUGAAAUCCGGGAAGCUGGAAGGUUACGUGCCGCUCGUGCAGCUCAAUCUGCUUAA